GGUUCUUUUUCAGAGCAGGGCUCUCUCUGGAAGCUCGGCCCCUGCCAGGCUCCUUUUCGCCUCCCUGCGCUCCGGAAGAGGACAAGAGAGCAGAAACUCCAAAGAGGCAGGAACUGGCGUCCUGACUAGGUGCGACCCAACUUGGGGCUGGGACAGAGGUGCAAGACGCGCUCCAGGUGCGGGUCCAGCGCCUGAGCGCGGCCCGCAGCUCCCAGGGCGUAGGCGAGCCGGCCGCGUGUGCCUCGGUGCUUGACAGGAACACUAGCCAAUCAGGACGUGCGGCCAGGCUGCCACGUGACAGGCGAGGCGGCCCUUUUCCCAGCGCGGCCAGAGGGAGGAGUGGAGCGGAUCGGCGAGCCUGAGAGUGCAGCGGCCGCGGAGGAGGCGGCGGCAGGCGGAGCGGCAGCGGCACAGGCUCCCGGCCAACCCAGCGCGCAUCCCCAGUGCCCUGCGCUGCAGAGAGCUCGGAGGAACGCGGGAGCAGCGACACAGGAGUGGACAAAGCAAGAUGGCAGGGAUCUUAGCCUGGUUCUGGAAUGAGCGGUUUUGGCUUCCGCACAAUGUCACCUGGGCAGACCUGAAGAACACGGAGGAAGCCACCUUCCCGCAGGCGGAGGACCUCUACCUCGCCUUCCCCUUGGCCUUCUGCAUCUUCAUGGUGCGGCUCAUCUUCGAGAGAUUCAUAGCCAAACCAUGUGCCGUAGCCCUCAACAUCCAAGCCAAUGGACCACAAAUUGCCCAGCCAAAUGCCAUUCUGGAAAAGGUUUUCACCGCCAUAACAAAGCAUCCUGAUGAGAAGAGAUUGGAAGGGCUCUCCAAGCAGCUGGACUGGGAUGUUCGGAGCAUUCAACGCUGGUUUCGACAAAGGCGUAACCAGGAGAAACCCAGCACUCUGACCAGGUUCUGCGAGAGCAUGUGGAGAUUUUCCUUUUACCUCUAUGUAUUUAGCUACGGAGUCCGGUUCUUGAAACAGACCCCUUGGUUGUGGAAUACAAGGCACUGCUGGUAUAACUACCCUUACCAGCCACUCACUGCUGACCUCCACUACUAUUACAUCCUGGAGCUGUCGUUUUAUUGGUCUUUAAUGGUUUCCCAGUUCACAGAUAUCAAAAGGAAGGACUUCGGCAUUAUGUUCCUGCACCACCUUGCAACCAUUUUCUUAAUAACUUUUUCAUAUGUCAACAACAUGGCCCGAGUAGGAACCCUGGUCCUCUGUCUUCACGACUCAGCCGAUGCUCUGCUAGAGGCUGCCAAAAUGGCAAAUUAUGCCAAAUUUCAGAAAAUGUGUGAUCUCCUGUUUGUCAUGUUUGCUGUGGUUUUUAUCACCACACGGCUGGGCAUAUUUCCUCUCUGUGAGACCUCCAAGGAAGGAGAUGCCAAGUAGUGCUUCAAAGCUUCGGACCACAAUCAAACACAGCAUCCUUUUCAACAGAAGCAGAAGCUCAUCUGAAUAUGCUCAUGGAUGCUGACAUCAACAUUUAAUCAUCUCCUCACUCAUCCAGGAAGAGGGGGAGAUCAGUUACUACUGUACUUUAUUGUGUUCAACCAAAUCACCAUGUUACAAAAAUAGCAAGCUGCCAUAAUAAAAAAUAAGGCUCCUCUAUCCAGCACCAGAUAGCAUCAUUUUACUUUCAAGCCUAGAAAUGGCACACUUGUAUAUAAACCAAUCGAAGAUGAGGAUUGAGAGUUCAUCUUGGUGGAUUUUUCCUUUGAUGAAUAUGAAGUGUCCUUCCUUAUCUUUUUUGAUGACUUUUAAUUGAAAAUUGAUUUUAUUUGAUAUUAGAAUGGCUACUCCAGCUUGCUUCUUCUGACCAUUUGCUUGGAAAGUUGUUUUCCAGCCUUUCACUCUGAGGUAGUGUCUGUCUUUGUCUCUGAGGUGUGUUUCCUGUAGGCAGCAGAAUGCAGGGUCUUCAUUGCGUAUCCAGUUUGUUAAUCUAUGUCUUUUUAUUGGGGAGUUGAGGCCAUUGAUGUUGAGAGAUAUUAAGGAAUAGUGAUUAUUGCUUCCUGUUAUAUUCAUAUUUGGAUGUGAGGUUAUGUUUGUGUGCUUUCAUUCUCUUUGUUUUGUUGCCAAGACGAUUAGUUUCUUGCUUCUUCUAGGGUAUAGCUUGCCUCCUUAUGUUGGGCUUUACCCUUUAUUAUCCUUUGUAGUGCUGGAUUUGUAGAAAGAUAUUGUGUAAAUUUGGUUUUGUCAUGGAAUAUCUUGGUUUCUCCAUCAAUGUUAAUUGAGAGUUUUGCAGGAUACAGUAACCUGGGCUGGCAUUUGUGUUCUCUUAGGGUCUGUAUGACAUCUGUCCAGGAUCUUCUGGCCUUCAUAGUUUGUGGCGAAAAGUCUGGUGUGAUUCUGAUAGGUCUGCCUUUAUAUGUUACUUGACCUUUUUCCCUUACUGCUUUUAAUAUUCUUUCUUUAUUUUGUGCGUUUGGUGUUUUGACAAUUAUGUGACGGGAGGUGUUUCUUUUCUGGUCCAAUCUAUUUGGAGUUCUGUAGGCUUCUUGUAUGCCUAUGGGUAUCUCUUUUUUUAGGUUAGGGAAGUUUUCUUCUAUGAUUUUGUUGAAGAUAUUUACUGGUCCUUUGAGCUGGGAGUCUUCACUCUCUUCUAUACCUAUUAUCCUUAUGUUUGAUCUUCUCAUUGAGUCCUGGAUUUCCUGUAUGUUUUGGACUAGUAGCUUUUUCCGCUUUACAUUAUCUUUGACAGUUGAGUCAAUGAUUUCUAUGGAAUCUUCUGCUCCCGAGAUUCUCUCUUCCAUCUCUUGAAUUCUGUUGGUGAAGCUUGUAUCUACAGCUCCUUGUCUUUUCUUUUGAUUUUCUAUGUCCAGGGUUGUUUCCAUGUGUUCUUUCUUGAUUGCUUCUAUUUCCAUUUUUAAUUCCUUCAACUGUUUGAUUGUGUUUUCCUGGAAUUCUUUCAGGGAUUUUUGCGAUUCCUCUCUGUAGGCUUCUACUUGUUCUCUAAGGGAGUUCUUUAUGUCUUUCUUGAAGUCCUCCAGCAUCAUGAUCAAAUAUGAUUUUGAAACUAGAUCUUGCUUUUCUGGUGUGUUUGGAUAUUCCGUGUUUGCUUUGGUGGGAGAAUUGGGCUCCGAUGAUGCCAUGUAGUCUUGGUUUCUGUUGCUUGGGUUCCUGCGCUUGCCUCUCGCCAUCAGAUUAUCUCUAGUGUUACUUUGUUCUGCUAUUUCUGACCGUGGCUAGACUGUCCUAUAAGCCUGUGUGUCAGGAGUGCUGUAGACCUGUUUUCCUGUUUUCUUUCAGCCAGUUAUGGGGACAGAGUGUUCUGCUUUCGGGCGUGUAGUUUUUCCUCUCUACAGGUCUUCAGCUGUUCCUGUGGGCCUGUGUCUUCAGUUCACCAGGCAGGUUUCUUGCAGGGGAAAAGUUGGUCCUACCUGCGUUUCCAAGGCUCAAGUUUGCUCGUGGGGUACUGCCUAAGUCCUCUCUGCUGUGGCAGCAACCGGGAAGAUCUGCGCCGCUCUUUCCGGGAGCCUCCGUGCACCAGGGUUCCAGAUGGCGUUUGGUGUUUUCCUCUGGCGUCUGGAUGUGCACAGAGUGCAGUCUCUUCUGGUUUCCCAGGCGUGUCCGCCUCUCUGAAGGUUUAGCUCUCCCUCCCACGGGAUUUGGGUGCAGAGAACUGUUUAUCCGGUCUGUUUCCUUCAGGUUCCGGCGGUGUCUCAGGCGCAGGGGUCCUGCCGCUCCCGGGCCCUCCCCUACGGGAACCCAGAGGCCUUAUACAGUUGCCUCUUGGGCCAGGGAUGUGGGUAGGGGUGGGCAGUGUUGGUGGUCUCCUCCGCUCUGCAGCCUCAGGAGUGCCCACCUGAUCAGGCGGUGAGGUCUCUCUCCCACGGGGUUUGGGAGCAGAGAGCUGCUGCGGGCCAGGAUCCGCGGGUGUGGGACUUCCGGAUAGUGCAGUUCUUGAAAAGGCUUCUUACACAGCCUUUGGUGGUGACUGCAUUCUACAUGUUUCCUGAUGUCUGGCAUCUUGGUUGAUGGCAAGUCUACUGGUUGUAACUAAUCACAUGAGCCACAUAAUACGGUAGUUGAUAAGGAUAUUUAUAAUAAGGGUAUGAGUCCCAGUCCUUCCCCCAUGGCUGAAUUUCCUUCAUUGCGUUGAGCAUUCACAUCUUAAACAGGAUGAACGAAGAUCCCAGUCUCGUCAUGUGGCAGCACUGAAUGGGUUAAUUCGUCUAGUGCUCUUUCUGCUGCUUUAUUGCAGUCACUUAGGGCUGUACAGUCCCCUCUUAGUAUGGCUUUCUUCUUAGUAUGUGUCUCAGAGGCUUCAUUCUGACAUGUUCACAUUUUACAUUUUGUUCCAGGAGUAUGGUUGAUUUCUUCUUUGACCCAUUCCUCAUUCAGUAAUGAGCUGUUUAGUCUCCAUGAGUUUAUACUCUUUGUAGAGAUUUGUUUGCUGUCAACUUUAAAUUUUAUGUAUAAUCAUUGGUGCUUGGAUAGAGCAUUCUGAGAAAGCUGUUAGAUCCAUUUGAUAUACAAUGUCAUUAAUUCUCAGGUUUCUCUGCUUAUUUUUUGUAUAGAUGGCCUAUUUAUUGAAGAAAGUGGGGUGCUGAAAUUAGCUUCUAUUAGUUGGUUUGUGGUGGCCUCUGUCUUAAUUCCAUUCAUAUGCAAUUUAUGAAAUUGUAUGCAGCACAAUAUGGUGCAUGUGUUUCAUACAAUUUUUUAGAUUGAUCAAUUUUAUUUAUUUAUUUAUUUAUUUAUUUAUUUAUUUAUUUAUUUAUUGUAGGUGAGUACACAGUUUCUGUUGUGUUCUGUUCUGUUCAGACAUAACAGAAGAUGGUAUCAGAUCCCAUUACAGAUGGUUGUGAGCCACCAUGUGGUUGCUGGGAAUUGAACUCAGCACCUCUGGAAGAGCAGUCAGUGCUCUUAACUGCUGAGCCAUCUCUCCAGCCCCUCAUACAAUUUAUUUUGAUCAUAUUCUUUUUCCCUCCCCAGAUCCUCCCUUCCUCCCCUCUCCACCAUCUUAAUGUUUUCUCUCUCUCUCUCUCUCUCUCUCUCUCUCUCUCUCUCUCUCUCUCUCUCUGUAUAUCUGAAAAACACAAAAAAAGUAAGACAAAAUGCCAAAAGAAAACAAUACUAAAUGUGUACAGAAAUAUCCAUUGAGUUCUUUUUAUGCUAGUCUGCCCUGCUGUGUGGUAGGGAUAGGACUUUAUGCCCAUCUCCCUUUCUCAGCACUGGCAUGUUGUCAGAUUUGAACAUGUGUAGGUUCUAUGUAUGCUGUCACAGUCUUUGUGAGGUCAUAUGUGUAUCAAUCCUGGUGGGAUCUGAAGGAUGCUGUUUCCUUGGAGUUAUCCACCACCUUUGGGCUCUUCAAACAUGUCCCUCCUCUUGCACAUAGAUCACUAAUCCUUAAAGUGGGGGGGGGGGUUUGAUAAAGACAUCUCAUUUAGGGUGAAUGCUUCAAACUCCCAAGAUCAUAAAUAUUGUCCACUUGUAGUUCUCUGUUGUAAGAAGAAGCUUCACUGAUGAGGGUUGAGCAAUGCAGUGACCUUUGGGUAUUGUAUUGCUAUGUUUCUUUAACAGAAUUACAGUAGUAGGUUUUCCCUGGGGCACAUAACUUACCUAGUCCCAGGUUCUUGACUACUUUAGCAAUGUCUGUCAUCUAUGGGCUCCAUCUCAUGGAGUGUGGGCCUUAAAUGCAGUUUUUAAACUGUAAUUGGUUACAGUCAUAACAUCUGUGCCACUAUUAUACCAGUAUAAGCUGACCUUCUUGUAGACCCCAGAUAAGAUUUGUUGCUAUAAAAUUAUAAAAAAAAAAAAAGCUUUCUUUUAUCCUGCACUAGAUCCAGCACCAUAGUGCCCCAAGAUAAUCUGGUAUCUCUUCAUCUCAGUCAGCAAAGCAUCUCACCCACUCUGCUCCAUCCCAUAUCACAUUGCUAAUGGCUUCUCUCUGAGCCUGGCAACAAUCUCUCUACCCACUUCCCAAGACAGGUUACCACCAUGCCAGAAAUAUGCAUCCCAGUUCCGUGGCAGCCUAGUGUCUCCAGCUGCCACAUAUCUCUUAAAUCACCAUAUGAAAGAAUACACGACACAAUAACCUCUGAUCAGUUGAUAAGAUAUAAUUGCCCACCUAGACAUACAAAGCCCAGUACACAUCCAUCCCUUAAAAAUAUCCAUAACGACCUGUAAAUAUGCAGAGAGGAAUCUUGACAUCAACUUCCAUGUUCUCUCCACUUGCUUCUUCUGCCUCCUCCAGUCUCCUCCUCUCUCUAAAACUUUUCUCCCGCCCAUCCUUCCUUCUCGUCCAAUGACAGGCCUCAUUCUGUCUUGUACCUGGCUUCACCUGUGUGACAUCCUACAUUUCACCCUUUUUGUCUAAUUUAAAAAAAAACUUUUCUCUCAAAUAUAAGCUGAGCACAACUAUUAUCAUUUUGUAAUUAAAAGUAUAAAAUAUAACUAAUACCCAGUCUAAUACUUUAUAACUAAUACUUUAUCAGUUAAACAGAACAUUUAUCCAUUCCAGCCUAAGAAAGGCUUAAAAUCUAUGUUAUAUCUUGGGCUAGCUUGUAUACUAUCUGAUAACUAUCUAACAAAAUAUGUAUUUUCAGAGUUAAAACAGCCUGAUAGGCUGAGACUAUAAUCAGUCUUCAACCCCGUCAGAAAUCUGAGAAUGACCAAUUAUCUAUAAACAUAGGAAGCCUAAAAUGGCUUCCAGAACUGAAAGGUUGUAGAGACAAAUCUCCACUAGCACAGUCCAUUGUUAGCAACAUGUGAGUGCAAGUCUUCAGCCUUUUGGCCCAAAAUCAACUGACAGACUCUUGAAAUGCAGAAACCGCGAAGGGCUGAUAAUUCUGGCUUGGUAGAGAUUAUCAGUCAACAACUAUUCUGUAUAAAGUGUCCCUUUUUGGACAGUAUUAGUCUGUAGGUGAAAUGAGCAGUUUCUGUCCACUGGCUGCCUAGCCACAAAGUAUUACCUCACCCAGAGGUAAAGAUGCUCAAUUUCUUUGUUAAAUCCACCAAAUGGGAACUAUUAGGAGCAAGUAUGUCUCAACCAAAGAUAAAUAACUUUACAUCUCCUAUUUUGUGGAUUUCUGGUAUUUUUGAAAACCAUCCAUCUAUAUAAGGUAAUCUGGACUGUUGUCCGUUAACUAUCUUAUUAUCUUGAAAGUAUUCUAACAAACUUAGAGCCAUGAAUUUGCUAUUUGGGCCUUAACUCACAGGUGUAAUCAACUCAGAAAUCUGUAAUGACAUCAAUAGAAGGACUGGCUCUAAACCUUGUACUUUUAAACUUUUUUAACAAAUAAAUUCUAUACCAGAGCAAAGAUAUGAUUUUAACUUAGUUACCAAAUGAGAUUAUGGCUAUACAACUCAAUCUAGCUAAUUCCUCCCUGUUAAGUUACAACCAUUUCUAAAUUCCUCAUAAAAACAACCUUAGGAUAACCACUUUCAGCCCCCCGCCAAAUGUCCAGGGUACUGGGGCAACAACUCUAAUAUAACUUCUUCAAGCUGUACAUGGGCAUUGAGAUAUUCUUGGGGGGUAGGGGGUGGGGAAAAUGGAGUAGCCUGAUGUGCCUGUCUUGAGUGGACCCAGCUGAAAGUCCUUGAGAUCAGGAAUCCAAGUAGGUACAUUCUGCAAAAUAUAAUUCUCAAGACAAAAGUUUAGAAUAGAGAUAUCUUUUUGUUUGAUUCUCUCGAAUCUAGUUUUUCAGGCAGUCUCCCUCUCUCAAAUCUGAUCACUAUGACUCUGUGGGGUUUCCAGAUCCUAAUUACUGUUUUUAAAAACAAAAAGACACAACCUUUCUCCCAAAAUACUGUGUUUCUUUGUCUGUAACCAGAAAAGCUUAUAUCUUGCACUCUCUCCCAGAGUAAUAAUAUAACCAUAAAACUCAAAGUCAUGCCCAUUAUGAAGAUUAAACAAUUUUAAAGAAGGAAGUAAUCUAAACAACAGUGUAUGAGCCUGUCAGACUUUUUAAAUCUGUCAUAUCAGGAAAUUAGCCCAAAAUUCCCGUGGAGCCCACGUUAAGAGAAUCUGAGCUUCCUGUUGUGGAAAAUAACAAAAAUAACCACAAACCCUCACUAGCCGGCAUCAAGGAGCCAUAUGCCCCUUAACAGGGUAAUUCAUAAAACAAAUUAGAUACCUUCUAUCAAUUAUAAUACCAAUAAGUAACUUAUCAAACCAGGACUUUAGCCCAAAACAUAUCAAUCUGUCAAGCUCUCUACCCGGAGCCUCAGAUUUUUAUUUAACCUUAAUAACAUGAAAAUCUCCAUGUGACUUGGGUAAUCUCUGUACUCUCUUCUUCUUAAAAACAAACUUAAUCAUCUUUUAAUAAUACCUGUCCUUAAGAAGUAGCUUGUCUAACUAGGAUUUUAACCCAGAAUUCCUGUGGAGUCCAACUUAGAAGGAAUAUGAAUAUCCUGAAAGAUUUUCUAAAAAACUUUCUUUAAAAAAAAAAAAACAGCUUUUAAUCUCUAACUCUCUGAGCUAUCACUGCUUAUAACACAGCAGGGGACCAAGAGCCUGCCAGCCUAGGCAGCUUCUCUUUGUUUAAGGUCCUAUCCCCACACCUCCGCACUUGAGACAUCACAUGACUCAACAUGGCACUGGUCCCCUCAUAGAAAAUAAAACUUUCUCUCAACCCUUAGGAUUACUAGUGGACUCUUCCCCACCACAUUGGUUCACCAGCUGUUGCUGUACUGCCUUCACCUGUAUGACAUCCUACAAAGAUUUUCUUUAUCUGUUAGAGAGUUGAGGCCAUUUAUAUUUAGAAUUAGUAUUGAAAGAAAUGUAUAGACUGCAGUCCUUUUGAUAUUUUAACUGGUUUUCUUAAUUAUGGUUUGUUUUUCAUUAAACUAUAGCUUCGUUUGAUUCUUUCUAGAUUCUCUUGACCAGGUUUGUUAUACUCUUUAGUUCUGCUUCCAGUGUCUUAUACAUGAUUUCUUAUUGGCUGUGCAGCACCAUGCUGCGUUUCGUUCCAGCAGUACAUGAAGGUCCCACCUUCUCUACAACCUUUACCAAGAUUCGUUGUCUACCGUUUUUAUUACAGCUGUUCUGAGGGAAUGAAGUACCAUCCUAGCUUUGACUUCCUUCCAAAUUUUUUUAUUCACUUUUAAUUGGAUUGUCUCUCUAUCAUUGUGGGAGUUGGCUAUGUUACACCAGCCACACCAUUCCUUAACGGGCUGUUGCCUCUACUAUGCUGUCAUUGUCAUGUCAGCGGAACAAAAUAUUCCCUGACCUAUACUUAACUGACUUCAUUUCAUUUCUGCCUCUUGGAGUCUUUAUUCUAUUUUAUCCAAACUGACUCAUCUGUCCUAUCAGAGGUCUGUGUAACCUAAUGAGCCAGAUGCAUUAAUAUGCCCUAUCCUCCUCUCUCAAAGCUGAGACACUGUCCAAGGAACUGAUGAUGAUUUCUAUUCAGGGGAUAUCUGGGCCACAUUCCAGCCCCAACCCACCCAGGUCAGGAGAAGAGUUCUUUCCACGUGGUGCCUUCCUGAUGACAUCAUUGUCUGGUGUUUCAUUGUAGACAGCCCCUUGUCUUGCUGUUCCCAGAACAAGAUGCACUCCCCAAAGUGAAACUUUUAUAUCCACUGCGUACAGCCUUUGGCCCUUCCCACCCACCAGUCUGCUUUGGAAGGGGGAAAUUAAAGUGACACUGUUCCUCUUUACUGUCUCCACAGAACACACAAUCCCACUCUAGCAGCCCACGGAGGGACUUUUAUUUUUUUCAAUCUACAGGAUGGAGAGAUGAGAAAAAUCUAAUUUAACAAGUGACUAUAACUGUCAGAUAAUUUAGCCACUGCACAGAUAAUUAAUAGGGAGAGCUUUUACAGCAGUGCCUUUCAUGCCUACCCUGCAGUGUUUACACCCUGGCUGUCUGUGCUCCUCACCCUGACUCUUAUUCUACACCACAGACCAAUGACUAACUCACAACAACCAACAACAGGUAAAAACCCUGCAGCCCUCCUUCCUAGAGUCUUCAAGAUGAAUAUUGCAAAUUCUUUCAGUCCCUUCUUCCGUAGUUUUCAAGAUUGUCUUCUCUGAUUAUGAAUCACAUUGUGUUAACUCUAUGGAAGCUAUGUCAGCUUUUCAGAAAUAAGUUCCUGUCGUAUUUAAAUUAGCAGUGCAUCAUUAUUUCAAAGUAAUAGUCUUGGAAGGAUAGCAUAGGAUGACACUGAAAUAAUCUUGCUCACAGCUCUUGGAUUCUGCUAAUAUACCGUCUUGCAAUUUUGUGAACGUAAAACCCUGGAGUUGUAAGAUCAUAAUAUGAGCAUCCAGGAGGCCAGAAUAAUUGGUCUUCACUUUCCUUUCUCAGUAAUGAUUUGGCUCUGCAAUGCUUUCGUGGUUGUGACUAAGCAUAAGGGUAGGAGAGCUACACAGGUUCUUUAUAUUUCACUGAGUUUAUCAAACCAUUUACAGAAUGGUUCGGGACUUAUGUAGGUUCUACUUUCUAAUACAUUCAUGAAUAGUUUGAUUCCUCCUUUUUUUUAUUAAAUGUCAUCUACAAUUUAGGAACCUCCAAGAUUAUUACUGUGAGACUAACAUAUUUUUACCUCUUCCGAAUACAUGCUUAUGACUUUGUAUAUGAUCAGGACCAAAUUUAAACAAGGUCCAAUAAUUAUAUGCUUUGAAAUAUUUCACAUCGCAGCAAGUAUUCCAACACUCCAAAAAUACGUACCGAAUACUUGCUACACUACUACCAUCAAACUGAUAAUGACCAGUAGCCCAGACAACAACUGUCCGUUAUGGUAGGGUCAUCAUUCAAAAACAGCUGUUAGUUUAAUAUCACCUCCUUCAUAAGUUCAGUAAAUUAUGUCUCCUUGUGUUCCCUUGUCUCAAAAAUAUGUGUAGUCUAGCCUUGUGGUUGGACACCUCACUGAUUUGAUUCUUUUUAGACUAAACCCACCCAUCAUUCAAAGCAGUAACCCUUUCCUUUGAUCCCCCUUUUUCUAUCUUUGUGUAACCCACCAACUUCCCAUGUUUUAUGAAGCUAUAAUCUCACUUUGUCAUGGAGAAGGCUGUGCUCAGUUUCAUGACAGCACCUGUUGCAGUGCCUUGCUCAGAAUGACACUUUAAUUCUAAAUGGUUUCACAACCCUUUGCUUAGCUGAUCUCCCUGAUCCUUGUAGCAUUCGUGCAUAGAGAGAAACUUGAAUUAUUUCGCCGGUGAUUCACCUAAGCUCCCUGACUCUGAUCUCCUAAUAUCAGUUCAGCCAACCAUACUAUUUUCCUUUUUUUUUUUUUUCCUUUCUGCAGUAGACUACUGUCUUCCUUAAGGCCACUGAGAAGGAUGUGCCUUUUGAUUAUUUGUCAAAUAAAAUGCCAUUUAAAAGUAGUUUCCUGUCAUUCUGCCUCCGCCAUCAAGUCACUGAAAACGCUGUCUAAUGAUGGGAAGGGAGUCCCAGAAGGACUCUGAAGGGAAAGUGACGUGGUGCUGCUAAGGGGGACUCUCUGCCUUGAGUUGCUUUCCUCCCGCUGAGCGCUGAGCAUCAGAAGACCAGGCAUAUGGAUUCUGUGUGUCUGUCACUUCAGCAGUUAAGUGCCUGUCGCAUCAGAAAAGCUAAAGAUUGAGUGGGAUGUUGUUUCUGGUGGUGCUUUAUAAAGAUACCACCUAAAUAAGAAGCAUUUUCAAUGUCGUUACUGUUAAGAUAGAGAGUCCCUUUAUUGUCAAGCAGUAGGCCAACUAGGUAUGUCUUUAAUAGCACUUGGCUUUCUUUAUAGCUAAUGAACCAUAUGUGCCUUUGAAUGUCUGAAACCCUUUCUCAAGUCCUGAUACCCAUACUGUCUUGUUUCAGUCACAUCUCUGAGAACUCAGUGAGUGCAGAGUACCGAACAGGGUUGCAUUUUUCUCCCAGUUCCCAAGGGACCUCUCACUCGAGACACCAGAAAUUGCUGUCCACAGACGCUUACAGAGUCGGCAGGCAUGUGCUAGGCAACUGCUUUCCUCGUUAGUCUCAGAUUCGAGUUCAUUAUCUAGCUAAGGAUGGGCCUGCGCCUGGCCUGGAUGAGGUAUGCAUCGCUAUGUACAUCCCAGAUAGCAAACCCUGACAGUGCGCAUCUUUGUGUACCCUCCUUGUCUGCGCAGCAGAAACAUUUGCCUUCAAACGCUGCUGCUGCUUUCUGUUGGUGUCUCACCGUUUUCUUUCAUGAGAUUUGAAACUCAUCCAGAUGCACAGUGGCAUGGCAGCCCUUCCUUUGAUUCAUUUCUGAAACCGUGUCUUUCAGAGGAGCAUGACUUACAUGCUUUUCUGAAUAGCUGAUGAGCGGCAGAUUAGUCUCAGUUCACAAAUUCGGAAAAGCUUACCUCCCUCCGCUGCAAACCCUUGAUAACUGCACUCUCAAAUUUGUAUUGGUGGUGUUCUGGGUUCAGUGGAUCAGAAAGAUAAGGAGGAAGCCUAGAAAUACUUUGGUAGAUAGGUAACUUGGCAUGCUUUCUAAUAACAUUCAUGUCUGAUAGCACCUUCUCAAGAGGAGUCGGUUGGAUGCACAUGCUGUGUGCGAGACUCUGUCCCGUUGCGAUUUUAAUUUACCUAAAACCCUGCAUGUUAAACCAGGAAUCCACAGCCUCAGCUUGUAGGACAAAUCAGCAGGCAGCCCAUUUUUAUAAAUAAAGUUUCAUUGCUGCUGUGGCUGCUUUCUGCUGCCUUGUCACCGAAAGGCAGUUAGGGAGUGAUCACCAGCACAGCCCGAUACCACCUGGUCCUUUGAGGAAGACUCUUGCUGGCUCUUUGACUUGGCCAUUAAGAUUUUGACUUGGAAUCAGAGUAGGAGUUCAGAAUAAGAUAAGACAGUUGGGGGAGUGAUGCACUAAAUGCAUUUAGCCUCCAGAAGUUCUCCAUGGAGUUUUACCUUCAACAGAAACAGAUGUGGAUGUAUUAUUCUUAAUACUGUGGCAGCACAGAGGGAAGGUAUACUCACCAGUCCCUUGAUGACUUUUGUCAACAAAGUGAUGUAUUUUACAACACCCCCAGCACAGAAUUGAUGACUAAGUGUCCCCUUCCUCCAUCCUUCCCAGGCACUUAGUUUAGUGGCAGGCGCCCAACCUAAAAUCUGCUACCCCUCCCAGGUCUUCCCACACACCUUCCGUCAGCCCAGCUCACCUGUCUUAAUCCUUCCGUUGAAUGAACAGGCCAUACACCCACCCAGAUUCUCACACACUCCUGUGUCUUCCAUGCCUUUGGGUCCUCUGUAGUCCUGGCUGAUACCUCAACAUAAAUUUGCCAUGAAGUAAAUAUUUAAGGGAAUUUGUUGGUGGGCAACACAUUGUGUUGUGAUAUCUGAGUUAUGUAUUUGAUAAUUAGAAGGAAAUGUUUUGGGUAGGACUCACUGAAAUACCUAUUAAAACUUGUACAAAAGGACUGAGAAACAAGUCCAGAGAAAUGGUAUUGACCAUGUUCCAUUUGUUACAUGUUACAUGUAACAUGUUGUUACAUGUUCCAUGUAAUAGUCUUAUGAGACAGUCCCAAAUGUUUUAAGAUUCUAAGCAGUUAAGAGGUACUAUCUUAAUUAAGAGUUUUAGAUUAUCCUUUUAAUUGAAGUAUAAAUUCAGUGAAAGAUAGCUAAUGAAAUGGAAUUUCUACUAAUAAAUGUAAUUUUACUGCCCGGUGGUGGAAAUUCAUCAAAUCAUGUAAUCUGUGGGAGUGUUUAUCACUAUAAUAUGUAGGAACUGCUGGGUCACUCCUAUUUCAUUGCAGUCUCCUACCUACCACACCUGUAGAAGCUGCAGUCAUGACUGGUGUUGAAGGGAUUGGCAAGGUGGCUUAGCAGGUAAAGGUUCAGAUUACGCAAGCCUAGUGACCUGAGUUUGAUCUCUAGAACCCCCAUAAAUGUUUAAAGCAGUAGUUCUCACCAUGGGAGCUGUGAUUCCUUUGGGAAACAAAUGAAUCCUUUCACAGGGGUUGCCUAAGAUUGUCAGGAAACACAGAUAUUUGCAUUAAGUUUCAUAAACUAGCAAAAUUAUAGUUAUGAAGUAGCAAUAAAAAUAAUUUCAUGGUUGGGGGGUCACCAUAAUAUGAGGAACUUUAUAAAAGGUUCAUGGCAUUAGGAAGGUUGAGAAGAGAUUUAAGGAGAGAACAGAUUUCACAGAUUAUUCUCUGGCCUUCACCCAUAUGCCUUGGCACACACAGUCACACAUUAACAUCACACACACGCAUGAAUAGUAGUGAUAAUAUUUUUAAUUAGCAUUAACCAUCAAAUAGUGAGAUAUUUUAAAUGAUUUUAUUUUUAAGCAUUUUAACCAAUAACAAAUUAACAAGACAAAGAAUAUACUUACUUGCUACAUUAAUUAGUGUAUUUCCAUCAGUCGAGAUUUUUAGCUCACCAAAUUUUCCUCAUCUCUGGUAGCAACGGAAGGAUGUUCUGUGUCUUGUGUGCUACUGUACUCAAGCCUUAUGAUAAAGCAAAGGACAUUUUACGUUGACAUGAAGGUAUCUUUUGAACUUGUUCUACCCCAUCUAUUUAGAGGGUGUGUGAAGCUCUGAAAAUGUCUCUGUGUAGAAGGCCUUGACAGAACCACAGUUCCCGGAAAACCGCAUUCCAUUAUGAGCACAAUUUGCAGAGUCAGCACUUUGCCAAAAGGGUCGGCGCCCUGCUCUUUGCACUAAGAUUAUAGUCGCUCUCAGAAAUAGGUUAAAGCCACUGGGGAAAAAGGAACAGAGGAAACCAAGCUUAGAUGGCUAAGUAGUGAGUAAUUCGUGGGGCCUCACCCGCCGCCCUCUUCCAUUCUCUUCCUGGCCAUAUGAUCCUUUUUUUUUUUUUUUUUUAAUUUAAACUUAGAGAAGUCCUGUGCUCUCUGUGACAGCCACAGGACAUCCGCCUGAAGCACUGCCCUGGUGGUGUCUGAUAGCCAUUAGCUCUUUUUUCACCCCUUGAUACUUAGGACUAAAUCCCAGCAAGGCAGGAACCUUGUCUCCUCCCUGGUUGCCCAGCACUGUGUGCAGUGCCCGGUGAUAAUUCAUCUUUCCAAAGAGCUGGGCUCUGCGUCUAUUCUGCAUCUUGAUUUGGGGGUUAUUGUGAUAAAGGUGAUCUCUCGGUUUGAUAGGCAGAAACAUUUGAAAGCCGCAGUAGUAGUCUCUUCUGAGGCUCUGCCUUCUACCCAACCCCCCUACAGUUGUCUCUUCCUUCUACCUAAUCUCCCUACAACAGUGGUCUCUCCCAACCUGCAGACCUCAUGUACUGAACUCUGUCAGGUGUGGUGUGUAGGGAUCUGGAAUUGGGGUUGCCUGUAUCAGACAACUGUCUUGCAUCUGUUUUUCUUUGUCUUGUUCCGUUUUUAAUACUUUUCUAUCCAUAUGUGAAAGGUUUGUCCAAGGUAAUGGAAGUUUGUCUUAUUCUAAAUGUAAUUCCCCUCACAGCUCUCUGACCUACUUAUUCGAAACCCCUCCGUGAGUUGAAAUAGAGCGAUCUGUUGUUUCAUUUCUGUGCAACGCAGACAGGCUCAUGUGAUACAUGUCUACUUGGUCCAUAUAGAGAUCUGUCAAAUACAUGUUGGUCAUACAGUCAGACUGAAAGCUUGACUACUUUAGGGGAAAUCGAGGCAAAUCAACGUAGUCACUGCUGAUUCCAAAACCAUCAUGCGUGUUCUUCUUCACGGAUAGAAGGAAGGCUUGGAAGAGGUAUUAGAUGCCUUCUAGUUCUGAAGUUUGGCGAUUAGAAGGGAUCAUGAACUUCUGGCAAGAAGUGUUUAUGAAGUGAUGACUGCAGGGCACUUGGGUGCAGGAGCACUUGGUAGUUAAGGAGAAGUAAUAUAUGUAGCUUACUUGUCUUAAAAGUUGGCGACCUACAGAAGCAAAGGAAGAUGGUGACCGACUGGCAGUCAGGAAGGCCAUGCUCAGCUCAAACACUGGGCAUAUCCCAGGUACUGAGACUGGAGGAUGCCAAAGGGCAAGCUUUGACGUGAGGGUCUGAAUGGCUUUGAAUCCUGUGCUACUUUAAAAGUUAAUGACUCAGUCCUGAAUGUAACACACACGUCAGCAUGGCAGCGGGAGCCCAUCUGUCAGCAUCAGCAACAGCAACAGCAUUAAUCAGACUGUAUUUGGGAACCUAUUUGCUUAGGUCUCUUCUAAAUACCCUGAAGUUUUCACUCAGAGAAACCCAGUUAAUCUUAUUCUGAAAAGGAGCGGCCAUAAAGAACUGAGCCUGUCUCAAGCACUUUGGUAUAAAAGUUGCUUAGCAGUGGGACAGAAAUGAAAAAAAAAAAAAGCAAUUAAGUUUAUAUUUAGUGAUCUAUCUAUACACAUCUGGAGCACAUUUAGGGAAGAAUUCAAAAGGGCCAAUUCAUUUCAUGCUUCCUGCUACAAAACGAAUGUAGGAGUCAAGCUGCGAUUCCCACAGCAUCAGACAUUUAUUGUUGACUUCAAAAAGUUCUCCCACUUACGGGUAAUUGCCAUCCUAGCAAAUGGCACUGAAAUCCCAGC